AUGUCGACGACGAGAAAUCCCAAGCUGAUGAAAAAGGAAACGAACAAAUCGGUGAAAUCAUCAUAUAGUCGAAUGCAAAAUCGAAAGAUACUGGGCAUUAUAUUAUUGGUUAUAGUUGCAGCGAUAGUCACCGUUGGUAUUUUGCUACCAACCACGAUUUUGAAAAAGAAUAAACACCAACCAUCAACACCAAGAAAUAGUAAAGUAACAUUCUCAACUUCAUCAGCAUCAACAUUAACAAGCACUACAACAAAAGAACCAGAUCCAAUACCAACGGAUGCUGUCCAAGGGAUUGUCUAUGGUGUAUACAACACAUCCGUCGGUGACGAUAGCAAGGCAGCAACCCCCGGCAAGGGCAUUGGCCAAUACAUAACACAUGAAUCACCAGGCAAAGCAUGUGAUGGUAAUGUAAGCACUAAGUAUGUAAGCUUUGGACCAUGCUCUGAAGGAACUUCGUAUGACGACGACCAUGGUUGUGGCUUGCGUACCGGUUUCUUUCUGAAAUUAGAAACUGGUUCAACAUUAGUCAAUGGAUUGAGAGUUUGUACAGCCAAUGAUCUCUUAGAACGUGAUCCGAUUAUUGUAUCACUGGAAGGAAGUAAUUCAACAGGAACCAAUCUUACUCUUGGUGCUAGCUGGACAUUGCUUUACGAUGGUCCUAGUGGACUUCUUUUAGAUCCUGGCAGACGAAAGUGUGGUCCAAUACAGUAUUUUGAUAACAUAGUCGAAUAUUCAAGCUACCGUUUCUUAGUUUCUGGUAAAAGACGGAAAGCAGAUUGCAUUCAGUAUUCUGAAGUAAAGUUGUACAGCGUUUGA